AUGCGCAAUGUUUCCAGUCUCUUGGUAAUCAUUGCGCCUCCUGGGUGGCUCGCGAACUCGGCCCAUAUUAUGAACCCUUCAGAAAGUGCCGCGUACAAUUUGUUUCGGACGCAUUUGCUUUUGUUUCUGAUUGUCAGUGUGUUUUGUUACCCAGAUCUCCAGGGAUGUGCUUGUCGACAUAAGCCAUGAGGAACUUAAAGAGAUUGGAAUCCACGCGUUUGGUCACAGACACAAAAUCCUCAAGGCAGUUAAAGAAAAACUUUCUGGCUUACCAGAGCUGGGUAAGUGAAUUUUGUAAACGAACUUAUAGAGGUUGUUGGAUAAAAAACUAGAAGCUGAAUUAAAGAGGUUUUAUUCCUUUUUAAAUCCACAAAUUAAAACCAGCCAAAAUUGUCUUAAACGGACUUGCGUGGACGUAUUCUGUUUCUGUAAUGUUCAUCGUUGUUGUUAUCUUUUGUUUUGUUCUGUUUCAGGUGGCGGGCCUUUCACCUAUUCAAGCCAACAAGAAACAGUUGUUCAUGACUUACCUACGGACGACAAAGACUACAUUUCUGUUGCAGAGGAGGUGAGCUAAUUUCUUCUUAAUCAAUCUGUCUCCUAAAAAUAACUGCCAUUUGUUUUAACCUCCUGAACCGAUUCGUGGAAAUAUAGCUUACACUGCAUCUCCUAGUAAUUGUGUGGGGGAGGGGUUAGGUUGGGUUUUUCACCCCCUCCCCCUCAUGUUUUUGUGACCGUCUGCGACGCUGGCUAGAAUUCCGCAGACUUCUAAUGUACUUCGUGUGGCGCUUAAGCUAAUUAAUCUCCUCCAAAAUGCAAAACUGUAGAAAUGUCUACUUGUGAACUUAUAAUAUUUACGUAUAUUGUAUUCAGAUGCAGAGUACUGUUGUGAAACACAAAAAUGAUGGCGGCCAAUCCGGUGGAGUCUUUGAUUCCUACAGAAUUGUCAGGGUUAGUAGUUUUAUACAUAGUUUACAGCUUUAUAGUUCUGAUUCGUUGAACUAAACUCUCCUAAAACAAAUAAUAGUCAUCAGAUGUUCACGCCCUCGAUUUUUAUCGCAUCAUUUAUCAGACGAACGGGCGAAGCAGACGCGAAUGUCAAUACAGACCUCGAAAGGGUGGGGCGCGGAAUCAUUCGCGCGCCUUCUACACCCAAAUCUUCUUUUUAAAUAGAGGAUGUAAGUUGAGAGGAUUUAAAACCAGAGUUUAGCCUAUCUUGUUCAACUUUUUGUCGUUUUCCUUCACUGUCAGUGCACUUGAAAAGUGAUUGGUUACAACAUAAGAUCAUUAUGUGUUCUAUGGUUUAUUUGGCUUUUGACCCUAAUACAAACACUUAGUGACAUAGUGGCUUGGAUGUUACUAGAAAACAGCAAGUCCAUUUUCUCCUUUCUUCAAUCCCUGUUUCCUUCUGUUUUAGAUUCAGCGGGUCAUAAGCAAAAGACUUUGGGAUAAAUACGUGUACAGAAGAAGAGAGGUAAGAGCUUGUUUUUCAUUGGAAACCUCUGAUUAUAUCUGUUUCACUCGCAUGUUUGAGUUUAAAUCGAUUGCUCGUCGCCGGGGUACUUUAAUCUCCCUUGCACGUAUUUACCUGCGCUUGUGGGUUAUCUUCUGCCAAAUAAACGAAGAUAGACGCGAUGUUUAUCUCUCUAUUUUCUCUUUGUAGGUUGCAGAGGCUAAUCACAACCACAGUAAUGAGAGAAUGUUAUUUCAUGGUAUGUGAUCACUUUGCAGUAACUUUUUGAUAACAGUCACUUUUUUCAUUAAAGUUAAGAGUAAAUCAUCAGCAAACUAUUCUUUCUUUUCUUUUAGGUUCAGCAUUUAUCAACGCUAUUCUACAAAAGGGAUUCGAUGAACGUCAUGCUUACAUUGGAGGGAUGUUCGGAGCAGGUGAAAACAACACGUUUAUGGCAUUAAGCAUUUCAAACCUUCAGUGAGGCAGUCCUGAAGAUAAAUAAAAAGAUAAAAGUAUAAAACGUACCCAAAACUUGCUCUUUAGUUCUGCCGUACCCCCUUCUACUUCAGUCAAUUUUUCUUGCAACUUGUCUUAUGCGCCGCCGCUAUAAAAGUUCCCCGAGAACGCGUAGCCUAAUAUAUCACCCCCUAAAAUAACCAAGUCUUAAAACUUUUGCGUUGGACGAAGCCUUGCGAAAAGUUGAGCUUUUUUUGUUUCUCCUUCAUAUGAUGCUUGCUGUAACAAACCUUUUUCGAGACACGUUCAUUCAGCGAGGUGUUAAAAUGUGCCGUACAACCUUAUCCAUAAAAACUGCGAGACAAAUUGAAGGGAUUUAG